AAAAAAAGAACUUCUCGGGUUUGGAGUGGAUUUACUACUGGAGAGCCGCGGAAUACUUUGUCGAUGUUUCGAAGAUCUCGUAUGAGUAACCUACAUGUGGGUAACUUGGACAAGAAUAAAAUAUCGCAGCAUGUCUUUGAUCAACUAGUUCAUUAUCUGAAAUAUGCAUCUUCUGCCUACACGCCUGUCUGCCCCAGACCAAAUGGCAGUAUGCUGAUUACCCAUUUCUCUGACCCGGUUGCUGGAAUAGUGGAGGGGUUCGUUGCACGAGAUGUUCAUCGUAAGGAGCUUGUCGUUGCUCUUCGUGGAAGUGCAAGUGUUGCUGACGUUUUACUGGAUACACAAGUCCAAUUGGUGCCACUGGUGUCUCCAGGAGUAUCAAUACCGCAUGAUGUACAAGUUCAUGCUGGCUUUCUCACUGCAUGGAAUUCUGUUGGAGUUCAAGUGCUCGCUAUCUUGGCUGAACAAUUAGUCCUCCACGGAGACAUCAAGACGAUCGUCACGUCGGGUCAUUCUUUGGGCGGCGCACUUGCAACCCUAUCUGCAAUUUCCGCGAAUCAACGUUUUCCUCAAUGCAGAGUAAUUACUUACUCCUACGGCGCUCCGAGAACAGGGAAUAAAGCAUUUGCCGAGUUCGUCAACAAGAGCCUGGGUGAGAACGCUUUCAGAGUUGUGCAUACACACGACGGGGUGCCUACUAUGAUACCGCAAUCACUAGGAUAUCAUCACCAUGGUAUCGAAUAUUGGCAGGAAUACGAGCCAGCUAUUGCAGAAAACGUUGUGAAAUGUGAACCUCAAGGAGAAGAUCCGAGCUGCUCUUUGUCAAUCCCAUCGGGCGGCGUCAAUGACGCUCAUAUGAAGUAUUUUGGCAUUGUGAUCACAACUCCAUUCUGUUUGUGAGAUGCAGAAAUUGACAGUAGUAAUGAUUAUCGUGAUAGUCGUAGGAGGACAUAAGUACGGCAAUAAAGAAGGAAUACUGAGGUGCAGUGGACAAUGACGAGAUGAUAGGAU